AAUGAGCAAGUUGAGACCAAGCAAGAGCAAAUGUUCCACUUUGAAAAAGUGUCAAGUUAAUAUUAAUUUCUUUCACUUGGCAAUUAAUUAAUUAAUUAUUAAUUUUUACUCAAAUUGCAAUAACGUAACGUCCGUAAAAAACUUGGGAGAAGAUGGACAAAGAAGCUCAAGAUAAUUUAGUGAGGCCGGAAGAGACUAAUGAUGACGAGGGCGAUGACGGCGAGCAGUACGUGAUGUACAAGGACCGGGCGGAAUGGGCCGACCUGACCCCAGUCCCCCAGAUUGAGGGGGAUGAGCCCGUAGUGCAAAUAGAGUACUCGGCUAAAUUUAAAGAUGUUUACGACUACUUCCGAGGGGCGGUGGAAGCGGGGGAGAAAACGGAGAGAGUGUUAACUUUAACUUCGGAUGCAAUUAUGCUUAAUGCGGCAAAUUAUACGGUUUGGCAGUACAGGAGAGAUGUACUAGAAGCGCUCGGGAUUCCUUCCGUCAUCACCAAGGAUGGUUUAAAUAAAGAAUUUGAGAAAGAAUACGAGUUCAGCAGGCAGAUGAUUGAAGAGAAUCAAAAGAACUAUCAAGUAUGGCAUCAUAGGAAAAGUUUGGUGGCAUGGGCGGCCGAAUAUGAUGACGACUCGGAAGAAAUUUCAUUAACUGAUGUGGAAUUAUGUACAAAGUUGGCCAGAUUAGAAUUAGUCCUCACGGAGAAGAUUUUAGAGACAGACGCUAAAAACUACCAUGCUUGGCAACAUCGUCAAUGGGUAUUGAGGACGUUCAAAAUAUUCGACGCCGAACUGGACUUUGUUACAAAUUUAAUCUAUGAAGAUGUUCGAAACAAUUCUGCCUGGAAUCAGCGAUUUUUUGUGUUAUCUAACAUUCCAAACCUUAAGCAGGAAUGUCUGGAAAUGGAUAUGGCUUUUACUUGGACACAAAUCGAAUUAGCCAUGUCCAAUGAAAGCCCUUGGAAUUAUAUGAAAGGUUUAUUGCUGCUCUUCAAAAGACUAAUGGACGAAUCCGCCCUCAAAACCAUAAAAACUACCAUUUUAAACACCUGUUUAAACUAUUAUAAAAAUGGAAGUACAAGUGUUCCUUUAAUGGGUUUCAUCACGGAAUUGGUUUUAGACACCGUUGAUCCUAAAUCUGAUGAGUUGUACGUCCAAACCUUGGAAAUCUGUGAUAUACUAAUAGAGAAGGACAUGAUUCGUCGACAUUUUUGGGACCAUAUUAAAAAGCAAGUAACAACUGCCCAACUUAAAGCUAAAUGAUGGAAAACAAGGAGUCAAAAAGCAUUACCAGUUCUUCUAAAUUAUUUUUACUCUUUGCUAUUAUUUUUUUUUCUUAUAGAUAUAUAUUACAUCCUUUAUUGCGGUUCUCUAAAUUCAUUGUCACAAUACGAAAGCUUUAUCAUAUCAAUAAAUGUACAGUUUUUCUUCGCAUGGCAAUAUA